AUGACUUGUUACAUUCAUUAUGUCAUCGCCUUUGUCAUCGUUGUUCUCAUCAUCCUCAACUCUGCGUUGCUAGGGCCAGGUCCUGGUCGCUAUGCUCUCCCUCCGAUGGUUGGCUACAUCAACCAUGACCUCACCAAGCCCAGUAGUCCCGCCUACUCCUUCCACAGUCGCAUGAGCAGCACCAUGGUGUCUGUCGACUCCAGCCCAGGACCACGGUACCACAUCGAUUCCAAGAUGACACGCUUCGGACGGGUGGGAACCCCUUCCUACUCUAUGCUGGGCAGGAACAAACGUGCUAACAAGCUGUUCCAGACCCCUGGACCGGGAGCCUAUAGCCCAGAGAAAGCCCCGCCUCUAAAUGGACAGCGCAGACCGCCCUCUUACACUAUUGGCUCCCGCACGCGCUACCGAGCAGUGGACUUUGUGCCUGCCCCCAACAGGUACACGUUGCCUCACCUGCUGGGCUCCCAGGUGCCCCACAAGGCUUCCAGUGCCAGCUACAGCAUGUCCAGCCGUCGGAAUGUCGGGGCCCCCUCGGAGGACCUGGCCAUGACCCCCGGACCGGGCCACUACAAUAGCACCGACCCCAGCGUCUACCUCCAGCGCCAGCCCUCCUUCUCCAUGCAGAGCCGGACCCCCAGGCCCAGCGAUGCCGCGUCCAUCCCUGGCCCUGGUACACACAGCCCAGAGAAGGUCCUGGCACACCUCCCCAGGCCUCCCUCCUUCACCCUGGGAAUACGGCACUCUGAGUUUGUCACUCCUCUGGUGGUGCACGUGUCUGACUGAGACCGAGUCUCUCUCUCUUGGUCUCUCGCUCUUUGUCUCUCUCCCACACACACAAGAGCAUGGUCGCAGACAUUGGUCCAUUUUGUGUUUAUUUGUACAUAAAACU